AUGGCUACCAAGACUGUGUUGCCUACUAAGUUGUCUGAAGGGCCUAAAGGUUUAGGUGACCCUAAUGACAGAACUCUGAGAAAGGUAGAAGUAGAUGUAAUGAUCCCAAAACUCAUAAGAGAGAAGGCUAAAGCAGAAAAAUGCACCAAAGAGGUUUCUGAAUUUGAGAAAUGCUGCAAAGAUUCAUCACUUUUAAUGGUUGUCAAAUGUAGGAAACAGAAUUCCAUUUUGAAAGAUUGCUUGGGUGGUUGGUACAAAGAUGAUGACUUUCGAAAAUCAUGUACAGAAGAGUAUUUAAAUCAGAGAAGCGAAUAUAGAAAAACUGGCAUUAAGAAACCCAUUAAAAGAGCUUAA